CAUGUUCAUGCACAUAACCUGACAACACGUAAACCGCGGAUGGACUCAGAUCAAACUUCCGGUAAGCUCCUACACCUUUACCAAACCUAAAACAUUCCUCAAACAAGUAAUAACUCAUGCUGCAAUGCAAGGGGACCACCAAAAAAGGACUCAGGUGCAAGAUUGCGGUCCAACCACCCAAUACUUUCUGCCACUACCAUGUCCCCCAACCCCAGUAUACCCGACAUUUCACUGGAACAUUCAAAACCACGUCUGCUACGGGCUCGGGCACUUCCACCCCUCCGAAGAGCCGAUAUAAUACCACCGGACCAGUGCUAGCACCUGUCAAAAAGCCAGGCCACAUCUACAUCUACACCCUUGCACACUUGUUAGACCCGUCUCCCCGGAAGGAAGCGUGGCUCAAGGUGGUGAAAGACCGAAACGCGAAGGAAUCGUGGGUUGACUUCAACCCAAAGCGCCAUAUCUUGAUCAAGGUUGGGUUCACAACCCAGUUUCCAGUACAGAAGCGACUCACACAAUGGGAGAACAAGUGUGGCCACCGGUUGUCCCCCAUAGAACCGCAUGUUCGGAACUACGAGCGAAAGACCACGCUACUGAAAUUGUUUUCAAAGCUAUCCAUAAAGCCAAGCGAGGUAUCCGAGGGAUCUUUCAGGACUUAUGACAUAUCUCAGAAGGCGUUCCACUGUGAUAGUAAUGUGAAUAUCGUGGAGAGCCACAUCCAUAAGCUGCUACGCCAGAAGUACGGAUCAGGUGAUGUCCUCUGCUCUGGAUGUACGAACGAUCCAACGGUACUUAAACGCCAGGACAGGUUUAACGUACACGUCGAAUGGUUCCAGAUCAAGCGCACCGACUUUGACGAUGUGUUCCAAACCGUCGAUAGGUGCUGUUCGCUUUACGGGCAGCCUACAUCCAAGUUUACAUAA